CAUCUAGGCGUAUUAAGUUUGUAUAUAAAAUGCAUACGAGUAUUUCCACCAAAGUUUUAUCGAAGAAGGCAUUACUUAGGAACUUCGAUAAAUUGCGUAAAAUCGCCACCGCCGAAAUGUCGGGCGUACAAGUAGCCACCAAAACGGGCGAGAAAGUCACCAUCGAAAUAACAUUAGACAAAGCGAAACUGAACGGCACCAACGCGGCCCCGCUGGACAGAGGCGACGAGGCCCCCUCAAAAAGACACCAGGAAUUCCAGUACCUCGACCACAUCCGCCGCAUCAUCUCCGACGGCAACAAACGCUGCGACCGCACCGGCGUCGGCACCUACUCCAUAUUCGGCGCCCAAAUGCGCUACGACCUCCGCCACUCGUUCCCCCUGUUAACCACCAAGCGCGUCUUCUGGCGCGGCGUCGUCGAGGAGCUCCUGUGGUUCAUCAAAGGCAGCACGAACGCCCUCGAGCUGCGCGACAAGAACGUCCACAUCUGGGACGCCAACGGCACCCGCGAGUUCCUCGAUUCGGUCGGGCUGAAGGACCGCGAAGAGGGCGACCUGGGGCCCGUCUACGGCUUCCAGUGGCGCCACUUCGGCGCCCAGUACAAGGGCAUGCGGGCGGAUUACGCGAACCAAGGCAUCGAUCAGCUGGCUCACGUUAUUAAUACCAUUAAAACGAGACCGACUGAUAGGAGGAUGAUCAUGUGCGCUUGGAAUCCGUUGGAUAUACCGGAGAUGGCGCUGCCUCCUUGUCAUUGUUUGGUGCAAUUUUUCGUGGCCGAAGACGAGCUGUCUUGUCAGCUCUACCAGAGGUCCGCCGAUAUGGGACUCGGGGUGCCUUUUAACAUAGCCAGUUACGCUUUACUCACUUAUAUGAUUGCCCAUGUUACAGGUCUGAAACCUGCGGAAUUCAUUCAUACGUUGGGGGACAGUCACGUUUAUUUGAAUCACGUGGACGUGCUGAAAGAGCAACUGAGGCGCGAGCCGAGGGCUUUUCCUAAGCUGGUGAUAAAGAGGAAAGUGGAGAAUAUCGAAGAUUUUACGAUGGACGAUUUCGAAUUGGUCGGAUACAAUCCCCAUCCGAAGUUGAGCAUGCCUAUGGCUUUGUAAAUAUUUUUUUUAAUUAUAAUUAAAAUAUUUGAUGUAAUUUUAUAAAUUUUAAUAAAGAAUUAUUUAGGUU